AUGUCUUAUACGUCGGACAACAAAGAGAAAAGAAAAUCAUGGGCAGUGAAGCUUGAUAACACGACUUUCGAUAUCAUAGAGUCGCAGCUAUUUGUCAACUUCAAGAUCUCCACACUCCUGGCGUACCUGAUGAUGUGGCUCUUUAUCAUAUUAUCGAUAGCAUUUUUGGUGUCUGAUAUAGUCACUGCUUAUAGGCUGAUUAAUUUAAACCGCUGGGCCAUGAAUAUUGAGCCAUUUAUCUCUAAAGAGAUCUGUCGGUGGAUCUUUGUUGGCUGCAUAUUCGCAAGUCUUGCAAUUCUCAUUGCAAAAUGGAUAUGGGCCUUCUUCCACCGAUCUCAACGGAUAUGCGAAACAUAUAUGAACAACAUACUAAGAAAUACGUACUCCAUCAGGCAUUACAGCUAUUUUUGUGUGUACGACAAAAUUGGUGCUGGUGGCUUUGUGAAAAGACUUACAUUCUUCACCUUCUUUUCCAUCAGAGAUUGUUUGACGCUUUUGAUUGCUGAUUCUCCGAGACAGGUAAUAAAUGGAAUCACAUUAUUCAAGUUCCUGAAAUUGGAGACUGGAGACUUUUCCACAAUUACGAAGGUAAUUUCGAAGGUUGCAGAAGAAAACCGAUACGCAGCUGUGACAUUGGGUUUCAUGACAUUUUCAUUCAUUUUGUGGGUAUUUUUUAUGAUCAUGCUAGUAACAGCACUUCUUUCUUACAUCCCUCUUAGGGUAUACUGGUCAGGAAGAGGUUACAAGGAUGGUUUAAAACAGUAUUGUUCUUUAGAAGCCAACAGAGUGAUUCAUGACUUUGUAAGCAAAAGAUUGCCCACCGAGCUAAACAUGAUCAAACUAGAGAACGAGAAUCAAAACUUCUUACCAAAACUUCCUGACAUUGACGAUGAUGAUAACUACUACGACGAGGAUGCCUACGAAGUUAAUUCUCUAUUGACUACUAGUGAACUAGAGGUUCCCAAACCAAUUGGAACCAAGAACAGUCGAUACAUGUCUUACGAGAACCCCUAUUUAUAUACUCACAGGAAUUUCUCUGAGCAAGAGAGCAGUAUCAACCUAAACGAAUCCAAUCCAUAUGAUUCGAAUUCGCAAUCCAGGUCAGACUCUACUACCAGUUUUUUUGGAGAAACUGUUACAAAGAACUCGUACAGAGGAAGCGGAUACACGUAA